AUGGAGUCAGUCGAAAUUCCAAAGCAGGCCAAGGCCGUCGUCUAUGACAAUCCUGGUACUGUUUCGACGAAAGUCGCGAUCGUUGAUGUCCCGGAGCCAGGUCCGGGAGAGGUUCUGAUCAAUUUAACUCACUCUGGUGUCUGCCAUUCAGAUUUUGGAAUCAUGACAAACUCAUGGAAAAACCUUCCAUAUCCUACACCCGCAGGCCAGGUGGGCGGACAUGAAGGCGUAGGAAAGGUGGUUAAACUCGGGCCAGGUGCAGAGAGCGUAGGGAUUAAGAUAGGUGAUCGUGUUGGUAUCAAGUGGAUUUCUUCUGUGUGCGGAACAUGCUUGCCUUGCUAUGAAAGCGCAGACGCCUGCUGUAUCAAAAGCAAGGUCUCAGGGUAUUUCACCCCUGGCACUUUCCAACAAUACGUCCUUGGACCAGCGAACUACGUAACCCCCAUUCCCGACUCUCUUCCUUCAGACGCCGCUGCGCCGAUGCUUUGCGCUGGCGUGACCGUUUACUCCGCCCUCAAAAGGAGCCGUGCACGCCCUGGUAACUGGGUUGUCAUCUCUGGCGCCGGGGGUGGCCUUGGCCACAUCGCAAUCCAGCUUGCUGCCCGCGGUCUAGGCUUUCGGGUCAUUGGUAUUGAUCACGGUAGCAAGAAGGAUCUGGUUCUAAAUUCUGGAGCCGAGCAUUUUGUCGAUGUUACUGAGUUCCCCUCUGACGACGAUGGCAAAGCUAUCAGCGAAAAGGUCAUUUCGCUCACAGGAAUGGGUGGUGCGCAUGCGGCCAUCGUGUGCACGGCGUCCAAUGUCGCCUACGCCCAAGCUCUCAAAUUACUCCGCGUCAAUGGCGUGCUCGUUUGUGUUGGUAUUCCAGAACACAACCCCUUGCCCAUUGCAACUUCAUUUCCCGCGACGAUGAUCGGCAAACAGCUUUCGAUCGUAGGUUCUGCUGUUGGAACACGGCAGGAGGCGAUCGAGACGCUGGAAUUUGCGGCUAGAGGGAUUAUUCAGACCCAUUUUAGAGUUGAGAAGAUGGACAAAUUGACGGAGGUGUUUGAGGAAAUGGAGAAGGGACACUUGCAAGGGAGAGUGGUUUUGGAUCUAUCGUGA